UUGAAAAAGUAGGAAAAACUUUUUAAUUAUUACCAUGGAAUCUACUCAGUCUGUUGCUGAACCACUUGAUUUGGUUCGCCUUUCACUUGAUGAAAAUGUUUAUGUGAAAUUACGCGGUGAUCGUGAAUUGAAUGGACGUCUUCAUGCUUAUGACGAGCAUCUGAAUAUGGUUCUAGGAGAUGCCGAAGAAGUAAUUACGAUUAUUGAUGAAGAAGAACCUGCUAAGGGAAAAGCAUUAAAAAACAUUCGAAAACAUUAUGAGAUGCUUUUUGUUCGUGGUGAUUCCGUUAUCCUUAUUGCACCCCCUCGUACCUAAAACUCGAGUUUCCGACACCAUAACACUCUUCCUUGCAAUCUUUUUGAUCUGUUACUAAUGUGAUAUGUUAUUUCCCAUGGUUUCCGCAUUUGAGUCCCCUUAAUAGAUUCUGUUAUGUUUUGCUAGCCUGGGAUAGGUCUAGUUUUUGGGAAAUAAUUGAUAACUGUCGUUAUUUAUUUACCUUUCUCAAACGAAACUAGCAACUUUUGAUUGGUUUGCGUUCUCUUAGAAUUCAAUUUGUAUAUUUCCUCUAUCUUUCUCUACCAGCCCUUAUAAAUCUGCAUGCAACCUUUCAAGUAGACUUUUUUUUUCUAGCAACGUAGGUCGCCAACAAAAUUCAAACCAACAACUUUCUAAAUUUUUUCGUUUUCCUCCUCAUACAUUGUCCGUUUCCUUAUUUUUUAAAACUCACAAGUGAACCAAAACAAUCACACCCUCGCACCAUAAAUGUAAAAUUUCCAUUCCCUUUUUUCAACCCACUCUCUUUUUUUCUAUUUUAUCUAUUUAUUUCUUCUAUUUAGUUUUUUUUUUGUCUUAUUACUUAUUACAAAAAAAAAGAAUAACUUUUUCCAUUCCAA